CCAGGUAGUAUAGCAUGGCAGAAUGGCGAACCUUGGAAGGAACAUCGUCGUUUCAUGAACAAAACUCUACGAACCCUUGGCAUGGGGAGCAGUCUGAUGGGCGAACGGAUCCAUGAAGAAUGUCUCCACAUGUGUGACUACCUUGAUAAACAAGGGGAAAAUCCCAUCAACCCUGAACAAAUGAUGGUCUGCAUGACCUGUAACAUCAUGAGUGCCAUCGUCCUGGGGAAGCGCUACGACUUCGACGACGCGCGAUUCGUGAAGUUACGCAAGGACUGCAAGGAAAUCCUUACGAACCUUUCAAAUACUUCUAUCUACAACAUAUUGCCUUUCCUCUACCAUACGCGCCUGUGUAAGCUGUACAGAGAAGCCGUGGAAAACGUGACAGCCUACGUCAAGAAUGAAGUCAGGGAACAUGACAGGUCAUUUAACAAUAACUCUUUACGUGACGUCGUUGAUUACUACCUGAGAGAAAUCAAGAGAGGAGAAAGGGAAAAUGAAGGUGAAUGCGAAGGCGAAGACGAAGACACAGAGGAUAAGAAUGGGGAGAGAGUUCGCUAUAUCAAUGAGCAGUUCUGCUGGAGAGGGGUGUUAGAUCUCCUGAUAGCUGGUGUUGACACAUCAUCCAACCAUAUGAUGUGGACCAUGCUACACCUUGCUUAUUCCCCGGAGAUUCAAGAAAAGGCCCGGGCGCAAAUCGACGAGGUGGUUAGUCGCGAUCGUCUACCGACUCUAGAGGACCGGCCACGACUACCGUAUAUCACGGCCAUCGCUCAAGAGGUUCUCCGUACGAGCAUCGGAACAACAACGGUGCCGCACCAUACGACGCAAGACACGUAUUUGAACGAGUACUUCAUUCCAAAGGGGACUAUGGUUCUUGGCAAUCUAUGGAGUUUAAAUCAUGACCCUGAAGUGUUUGAAGAACCGCAUCUCUUCCGCCCGUCAAGAUUCCUGGCAGAAGAUGGCAGCCUAAAAGGUCUUAAUAACAUCAAAACAUUCGGUAUAGGUCCCAGGAAGUGUCCUGGGGAACCCCUGGCACAGCAGGAAAACUUCCUCAUCAUGUCCACUCUGCUUCACCAAUACAAACUCGUUUUAGCCGAAGGUGACCCGAUCCCUGACAUUCGUGGCCGAAUCCAGGGCAUGAUGCUUCGACCUGAUAUAUACAGGUUAAGGUUCAUACGCCGAUAGUCAACGGAAGCUCCCGAAAGUGCCCGAUUCCUGACUACCAAGGGUAGGAUCGUCCAACCUGAUACGACUUGAGUUUGUACGCUGUUGUACGAGUCACCGAAGCCUUCCGAAACAUUCCGAAUCGCAGCGUUUUUCCUGCCGAAUGAAUCGGAUGAAAGUAUCAGUCUAAGUAAUGUAGUUGAUUUUUUUUUAUAUUAGGUACAAUUUGACACUUACGAACCCCAAGAGAAGGGAACAAAAUUAGCUUCAAAUAAUCAUAAUCAAUUAAUUUCAACUCUGCAAUUGAUUGCAUGUCUGCUCCCUGGCAGUAAACUUGUAAACUACAGACUCGUCAUGGAAAUCCCCAAUCAAUUUAUUGCAAAUUGAUUGCUUAAUUUGUAAAUGUCCUGAAUAUAAGUAUUAUUUUAAUCAGUUUGCAAAUUUGAUUUCAGAUUUUUAUGCCAAUGUUAGGUAAAUAUGAAUUAUGACAAAAAUACUGAAGAGAACGGGAAUUAUUUUUUUAAUGCCACCAAAAACUUCUAAACUUAGACGACCUCAUGGGAGGUGACCGUCGUAAUAAUGAAAUCAAUUUAUUGUAAUUCUGCAUACAUAAGACUUUAAUUCCGUUAAUUCACAAUAAUUUGAAUGAAAACAUCUGGAAAAUUAAAUUGUUUUACGAUCGGCAUUCCUUAAGUAAAUUUAAAAUAUAAUCAUCAUGAUUAUGGAAAUAUCUUACUGUCAUCCUCCUAGUCUCUGUGCAUAUAGGCCUUCUUUAUAUCUGUUGAUAUGCUGCUGUAGAUAAAGAGCAGCUGAAAAAAAAUAGACAAAAGUCUUUAGAUUGGGAUUGCUACCAUGCAUUUAAAAGAGUCAGAAGACAGAGUAUACGAUGAAGAAAUUACGAAUAAGAUAUAGUAGGUAAUGAAUGUAGAAGUUUAUUUAUAAGUUGUUGAAGUUUAUCUUGUACAACUUAAACUGUCGACUAAACUCUUUAAUUUAGUGGCUCCGGUGACUGGAAGUAGCGCCAUCAGUGGUACGUAGAUACUCAGUUACACUACACUCCGGUAUCAAUGAUAGCAUUGGUGGUUACGAUCAGUACAUAAGGCUGUAUAGUUUAGUCCGUUUUUUUUUCUUUUACAAAGUUUUAGAAUGAAAAUAAUUACAAAUAGUGAAAUGCUUUUAUUACUGUAAAGAAAAAUAUUUAAAAUGAAAAAACGGAGUGAAUUGCUUUUUUGCCCCAAACUACCUCACAUGCAUCAAAGAUCUGUGAUAUGAAGAAUGAUCACAAUACAUAUUAUUUUUCUCACAGGGUUUUUUGCGUAGUUAUGUGUCAGAAUCUUUUCUAUGCAACUGUUUCUUGUAUUUGCCGACUUUGUCUGUAUAUAUUGCUGCAUAUGAAAUUGUCAAAGUGAGUCAUUAUUUUUCCAUACAUUUUUGUGUCACUUACAGCCUUCAUAUUAUGUUCCUAUGCCAUAAACCUUAGACUUUACAUUGAGCAGUUGAACUUCUAUCUUUUCCUCCUCCUCUUCUUCUUCUUCUUCUUCUCCUCCUUCUUCACCUCCUUCUUCUCUUCCUCCUCCCUUUUCACCUCCUCCCAUUUCUCCAUCUUCUUCUCCUCCUUAUUCUCCCCCUCCUCCCUUUUCUCCAUCUUCUUCUUCUCCUUCUUAUUCUUCUUCUUCCUCUCUUUAUCUUUUGGUUUUCCUCCUCCUCCUUUUCCUUCUCCUCCUCCUCCUCCUCCUCAUUUCUGAUAUAUUUUCCAAACCCGUCAUUGCUCAACGUAAAUAUCAUGGCUUUGUGUGCGACGAUUGCCUUUAUGAUUUUAAAGUACUUCAAUACUUGAUUUUACGUUUGCUUUAUGGUCAGUUUAGACCGUUACUGUAAUUGGGCGAUUCCAUACGUGUCGUACAGGACGUUUUGACAAUAAUUUCGAGUUUCCUAGCCAAAUGCUUGGGCAAUGAAAUAUUCUUUUUUUGUCAAUGAUAAAGCUAUAGUGGGUAGUCAUGUGAAAAACUAAUAACCAACACAACAAAAUGAUUAUGGGUAAGUUAUAGGUGAAAAUGUUGUGUGUCGUACGGGACGCAGAAAUGUCCCGUACGACACGCAACAUUUUAAGCUCUAAUUCAUCUAUGGACAACAUAUUUUUGUUUGCAUGUCUACCCAGCAGCACUUUGAUAUUACCACAAAGCAAAUUGAAGUUCUUCGUUCGUUUGGACAGCAGGUUGAAAAAUGUUGUGAAAAUUGCUGAUUUUUCUCGCAUGGAAUCGCCCAAUUGGUCCUUUUUAAUCACGUGGGUUAAUGGAUGUUUUAAAUUGCUUCAUUGUGUGUGCGUGCCAUUGUGGGUGUAUGUAUAUAAAAAUGAAUUUACUUGGUCUUUCAUUAUUGUGCAUUUCAAAUGUACAACUAUUAUAACGAUUAUUGUGAGGGUCGAUGUGACUACUUAGAGGAUGUAAAUAGACUUGUUAAUUAUGAUUUUAAUAGAGAAUUAUACAACUCUUUUUUUAUUAGCUGAUGCUCGAGAGAUUUUAAGACUAAUCAUGAAGAUUGUAAUUCUAAGGAUUGUAACUACCAAAAUGAUAUAGUAUACCUGUGUUCCCAACUAUUUUAUCAGGUGCCAAAAUUUAUUGUUCAUAUCUUUGAUAAUGUAUUAAAAUCAUUCGUGUUUCUAUUAAUAAGUACAACUCAUCUUUUAAUUUUGUCAAAUGAAUAUACAUUGUUUGUAAUUGAUUAUUAAAUGAGCACCUGGUUGAGCGUUUUCAACUUUGGGGAAAAGGAAUUGGUGAGUUUUUUUUCCCAAUGCUAAUACUCUCGCCUUGAUUUUUUAUUGAUUGAUACAAAUGACAAAUAACUUGCCAAAUUCGUUUAGUUAUUUUGGUAGUCUAAUGAAAUUAAUAUUCCUUUCUACCGAAAACCCACGUUAUCAUAAAUGGUUAUCUAAAGUCAAAUACCGUCAUUUUAUGAGUAAAAAAGGGAGUGUACUUCGUCCACGAUUACACGACAUUUGGAUUUUGCAACUCAUGUGUUUUCUCUUUCUCAGUAUCCAUUUAUGACCAUCCGAAGAACUGUAUACUUUAUAUAUUUUAACUAUUUUAACAGUACUCUUAUUAGUGUAAAACAUUUUUUUUUAUUCAGAUGACCAUUGUUUUAUAAAUAAAGUAAGUACGCACGAUAAUGUUAUUCCCAAUCAUUCUGAAUGCACAACAUACAUGUUCCAUAACCAAAACAAACAGGGUCUCUUUUAAAAGCAAACAGAAAUACAGGGUAGCUUUUUAAAUAUUUUUAUCGUAUGACCUUUUCUAGUCAGUUUGUUGUUUUUAUCAUGUAGAUAAUGUAACGUGACCAUUAUAUGCGUCUUGUAUUCGUAUGCUUAUUUUCCUCUUAAUUUGCUGUGUGAACGUGGUCAAUUUGAGGAUUGGAUCGUGAAACACGACGGAUUUACUGUUAUAUGUGUCUGUAAAUAUUUACGAGUAACGCUAUGGGUCUUCAAAAAUAUAGAUUUUAUAUUUUUAUAUAUAUUCUAUGAGUUUCAUACUUUUUCGCUCAUAAUCUUGGCAUGUUUUAAGUAAGUUGGAUAGCCACUGUCUCAAUACAUCCCAUUCUUGAGCUGAUUGUGUGUGAUACUCCUUCUUAAUGUUCAUUUUAUUUAUGCUUUGAUUUUGCCUUCUAUCUCUGCAUCUCUGCAUAGGUAGUCCUAUGGAUUUAGGUCGUAUAAACUUUUAAAAACACGAUGAAAGAAUAUUGUUCCACUGUUCCAAUCACAAAGUCUAUGUUAUGUUCAUGAAAAUAAUGUUUGCGUCAGAUAAAUGCCUAAGGAUCCUAUCGCAGGUAAAUGCCAUUCAUGUUCACUUGGUCUAGAAGCAGUUGGUCUACAUCUAAACUAGUCUAAUACCACACGGACCAUGCCCAUUCGGUUUAAUUUUCGUUUGAUCUUGGCUUAAUACCAACCUAGUCAAAAUUCUCACUUAUUCUAAUCCCUAGUUGGUCGUAUUUCGACUCCGUCUACUUAUUAUUUUCUACUUCACGAAAUGUCCGUCAUAACCAUAUUAUAGACCAAGGUGCUGGUCAGACCUAGUGGAUACAAGACGAAAUGGGUAUAGCCUAAAUGGUUACUAGACAGAAUAGUUAAUGGGCUAAAUAGCAUUUAGACCGAAGUGUAAGUAUACGAUCUGGUAACAGACAUACACUGCAAAAACUCUGGUGUUGAUUUAACACCAGCCCGGAAUCUAUAAUGUCCACACCAGAGAAGUGUUAAACAAUAUAACACCAGUAUUGUUUUGGUCUAUACACCAGAUAGGUGUUUAUACAACACCAAUUAGUAUUAAAACAGCAUCGGUUUGAUUCCAAACUGGUGUUGUUUCAAUACUUCUCUGGUGUGGACAUAUAUAGACUCCGGGCUGGUGUUAAAUCAACACGGGAGUUUUUGCAGUGUAGUAGGAUUGAACCAUGUGGGAUUAGACCACGUGGGAUGAGUCCAUCGGCAUUGAAGUGGAUGAAAACCAAUCAGCAAUCUAUUUCUAAAUCCCUUAUCCCACUGCUGUGAGGCAACAUUUGUUUUCUGUCAUAUUGUUACCAUAUUAUAUAGCGCCAUGCGGCCCGAUUUUAUUUUGAAAUAUAAUUCAGUGAACUGGCUAUCAGGUAAUUUACACAAAACUCUUGAAAAGAAAGUGGUAUUCUACUUGUUUUAGUUUAUAUAUCAUUAUCAUUUUCCAUUUUAUAUGAAUUACGUCACAGAUGAAGUCCACUUUUAUGUCACAAGAAAUUCAUAAUCAAUAUUCCAUCUCUCUCUCUACAUAAUAUCAAAAUUUUGGCUAUUUCAGUGGAAAUUUCAUUUCAACUCUCACUUGUGUGUGAGCGUAUUAUGACACAACUUUUAUUCACUGAAUUAAUGAAAAUUAAUCAUGAUAUUUGUGGAGAAUGGAGUUUGAAGAUAUGACGAAUAUUAUUAUUCAAAUGACGAAACUUGCUUGUUUAAAGCUUUCUGAGAAUGUUGAAUGCAUAUUCUAUCUCGUAACUUUCACAAAAAUGAAAUUUGUGUAGUAACGCAAAAUAAAAAAAACAUCAUUAUGUAAUCGAAAA